UCAUGGUAGAUGUUCGUCAACCAUUAUGCUUUCGACUGUGUUGGGUUUCCGUCGCAGAAGCUCAAGACAUAUCCAGAAGAGAGCAAAGUCGAACACCAGAAGUCGAACACCACAAGGCCAGUGGUCGCGCACAACGCCCGCAAAACGACCGUCCAAACAACAAAGACGAAACGAUAUGGGGUCAAGCCGAGUCUGCCUCUAGUUCAGCUACUGUAGAUCCGGUUGAUCUGGUGGCUGAGCCGGGGGGUUUACAGGUGCUGAGCAAUCGACGCUAGGGCGGAGCGGGACUACGGACUUGGACGGCCUUGUCCUUGUGGGAAGGCUUACGGGCUGGAUGGGAACAGGACGUUGGCACGUAUCAGGGAGGACGGGAGAAGAUGGAAGCAUUGUGUCUGUCGAGGCCGGGUAUCGUUCUGCGAGGUGUGAUGGUGCUAGUGGGGUGUGCAGGGAAGGUACGUCGCCGAAUGCGCUAGCCUGACCGUGUCAUAUGCGGACAUAUUGGAAUGAGACCAGGAGGGCCUGGCUGUGAAGCGUGUCGGCUGCAGGUGGCGGAGAUUCGAUUUGAAGCUUUACAUUUGAACGCAUGUCUGCCGCAGGUGGCGGAGAGUCG